CCGGCAACAGCGUGUAUCUCAACAGAUAUAACAUUAUUAAUAGGUUAUUACAGAUCAUUCUGAUCGCACCUUUGAAUCGCCGCGGCAUUGGAACAACGUAUUGUGUGUCCACGCUUUGGUGCAAUUUCCGAGCGAAAUUAAUCGUCAACUCAUCCCGACGUUCGUUACGCGCAGCCGGCUCUUUGUAGGCGGAACAAAUUGGCGGGCGAGUAGAGCCGGAUAUUGUACUUCGAUGUUCAUUAAAACUCCCUAGAUAAAGAAAAAUGGACGCCUUGCUGUUUGCGUUGGCUUUGGAAGUGGUUCUCUUGCAAAUGCGGAUACUCGAGAGCACCACAGAACUGAGGUUGCGGGUUCAAAUGAACACGAAAACCGACAAAGCACAGCGAGGGAAACUUGUGAGGGACCGGCAUACCGUAAAAGAUGUUAUUCGAAGGACGCUCAUAGAAGUCGUAGAGAGUGGCGCGUGGGGCACCCUCCAAGAAUCAGUUCAAGCCCUCCUUGAUGACGACUCGUACGCCGUCAUCGUGCGAUCGGACCAUGAAAAGCUGAGAUUCUCUCGCUCGUCAAUUAUCAAUGAAAUGAAGACAAAACGCAAACAAUGGGCAAUCGAACUACAGAAUGCCGACCACAAAAUUGCUGUUGUUCGAGAUAAGAUAAAGAACGAGCAACAGAACGCAAAUGCGCGUCUGUGCUACGUAGAGAAGUGGCUGUUCGCGCGCGCCGAGUCACUCGACAUGCAGCUGGACGAGACGCGUGCGCCCGCACCGCGUGCCGACCACGAGCACCGCGUGCACGACGAGCUGGCCAAGGCGUAUGAGUUGCAGAUCAAGGAACGUGAAGAUUCGUUGGAAUAUUGGAGGCAGCGUUACGUGAAUGACACGAACAAGAUGGAAGAUACACUCACUAAGAAGCGCGAAGAGCUUCGAGUAGCCCUCGCUCGUCGUCAGGAACUGCAAAAAUUGUACGACCUGCAUGCUGGAGAGAUGCGAGCUUGGCUGACAUUCAAGAGCGAGAGAGCAGCUCGCCUGGCGCGGGAGGAGAGACUCGCGACAGCCGCUAGAAGGAUCCAAGCGUGGUGGCGCGGAGUCAUGGUGCGACGCGCGAUUGGCGCCUUCAGAUACCUCAAAACUAUCAAGAAGUCACCUUCCAAGUCUAAAAAGAAGUAGAAGUAGUUACUUACAUAUUUCUGAAGAGCGGGUUCAUAGUUUACUAACACAGAUUUAUAAAUUGUAAGCUUCUUGUAUACUGCUAGUUAUGUAUGUCAGGCAUGCGAAACAUGAAGGCACAAGACGUUUAUACACAUAGUACAGUACCUACUUACCUGCGUGUAGCAUUUAU